AUACCUCCGGAAAUCACGUGUGCAGAUUCCAGACACAAUCCACCUGCGCGAGCGAGCUAGUGGACUACUGAUGCUGCGCGAGACUGGCGAAAGAAGAGUGAAGUGAACACGAAACAGUUCAAGCCGGGGGGAAAAGUUGUUUUUAUGCUUACAUCGAUUACUAAAUUGUGGCUUAAAAGCAAAGGAAUGGAUUUGAGCACGACCUUCCUCUGUUUAAUCUACGGUAUUCUUCUCGCAGGCUCAGCCUGUGGACUACAGAUCACCUCCACUGGUCCCACAUCCAUUGAGAAAGCCAGCGGAGAGACUGUGAAGCUGGAAUGUCAGUUUACUCUUGCUGCUGAUGAUUCUGGGCCUCUGGACAUUGAGUGGAGCCUACAGCCCUCCGACAACCAGAAAGAAGAGAAAGUGGUGAUCGUGUACUCUGGUGACAGGGCCUUUGAACACUAUUAUGAUCCUCUUAAAGGGAGAGUCCACUUCAACUCCCCUGACCCUAAAAACGGUGAUGCCUCCAUGAACAUCAUGGGCCUGAAAGCCACAGACACGGGCACAUAUCAAUGCAAGGUUAAGAAGGUUCCUGGCAUCGGCAGCAGGAAGUUCCUACUAACUGUCAUGGUGCGCCCCUCUAAACCCAGAUGUUAUGCAGAUGGUCAAACACAGGUGGGGAAAGAUAUGGUGUUGAGGUGCAGCUCUGUGGAGGGCACAAAGCCACUGCAGUACGUCUGGGAGAGAACCACCGGCAAUAAACUACUGCCACCCCAGGCAGUCCUCGAUCCAGUCGAGGGCACCAUGAGUCUGAGGAAUGCCACUGAGGCAGCUUCAGGAACAUACCGAUGCCUUGCUAAAAACCGUAUUGGAACAGAAGAGUGUACGGUGAUGGUCAAUGUCACACAACCCCCUAACACAGGCGGCAUCAUCGCAGCUGCAGUAAUAUGUGUUCUGCUGCUUCUCAUUCUCAUCGCCCUCAUCAUCUUUUGCUGCUGCCGUAAUCGGCAAAAGAAGAAGUACGAGAAAGAGAUCGCCUAUGAGAUCAGAGAGGAUGUCCCCCCUCCAAAGAGUCGUGUUUCUACCGCUCGCAGUUUCACCAGUGUGGGCAGCCAGCGCUCCUCUCUGGGCUCCAUGUCUCCUUCCAACCUGCAUGAGUACACCAAGCCUCAGUACGACAAAAUACCCAAUGAUGAGUAUGAGAGGCCCCCUAGCCACGCCCCUAUUCCCCCGCCUAGCAGAAUGGCCGGUCCCAACCUCAGCCGCAUGGGGGCCAUCCCCGUCAUGGUCCCUGCCCAGAACAGGGAUGGGUCCAUUGUGUAAAGCUGAACUAGGAUCAGUCUCUGCACAUUUUGACUGUCACUAUUCUAUUCUAUUGUUCUACCGGAAUUUGUGAAGGAGCAAAUGAAGGUCUCUGCAGAGAGAUCAAAGUGAGCUGAAAUCCGAUGAAAUCAAAUUUGACUUCCAGAACUUCAACAAACAUUCACAAAAAACUUUAUUCAACAGGAUGCACAAAGGUGAUUGAUUUCCCUGCUCCUGUUUUGUAAAUAAUGCAAUGCAUGAUGUUUUUUUGUUUUUGUUUUUUUGUUUUUUUUAAAUUGAAGGCCCUAUCUAAUGUAAGGCACUUGAAUUUUUUGCCUAGUAAGUGUUCUCCAGAGAUGAAAUCCCAAAAUCAAACUAAAUUAAAUGUGGUUCAACCUAUAGUUUGCUGUUUUAGAAGCUAUUUUUUUAUAUUUUAUUUUUAAAUCUGUUUGAAGCAUUUUAAGGCAACUUUAAACCAUUUAUCUAUGACAGUUAUUUUCUCUUUAUGCUACAAAAGACUGGUAAAGAUUUUCUCAGAGGUCUGCAGAAAAUAUGUGGGUUGGCUUUGGUUUCUGGAUUAGGUUGUUUUAAAAAAAAAAAAAAAAAAAAAAAAAAAAAAGAUAACAGCAUUUGUUUGGAUUGAAGUUUAUUUACAUGUGAUGUGUAUAUAUUAUGAAAUUGAUUUAUCUGAAAAUGACCUGCUUUGCUUUUUUAAUGGACCAUUUGGCAGUUUUAAACCCCAAACGGUACAUGUCAGAGUGAUUAGUGUACAAAACUCUGAUUGGUCGUUCCCUUAUGCUUACAUUGGCUUGUGACCCCCAAACCUCCACCUCCCCCUACACUGCGUCAUAGUGGUAGUCGUCAAAGUAAGAUUAAAGGGUUUAUUUCAAAAGAUGCUUAAGCUGGGUGGUAAAAUACAGUUCAAAGUUUAAAGACUAACAGCCACCCCUGCUUCUCUGCCUCAGCCAGGCCAGAAAAGCCGAUCACAGAUGUCUCUGAUUAAAGAGCUGCAUAAUGCGCAGACUUUAACAAGAGAUCCUAAUCCUAAACCUGCAUUUGGCUCGGCCAUCAACGCAUCCCGCAUUAAAUCUAAUUGUCAGUUUGACGUGUUGUUUUGAAGUUUAUCUAUUAGAUGAAGGACAUCUUACUGAAGGAUUUGUUUUACGUCACAUCAAUUUAAACCAAUUGAAUAAGGUCAAUUUAAACAGAUGAUCAUCCAUAGAUUUAUAAUAGACUAUUUUUUUAUGAGUAGUGUAUUGAUUAGGUUUAGUAUGAAUAUGAUUUCUUAACUCUUAAGUCAAUGUAUUCACCAUAAUGCUCACCUGUCAUGAAGAAACAUUACAGUCCUUCUUAUGGUGUGGAUUACUGUAUAUUUUAAUCCCGCAGGGUCACCCUAAUGUUCACUCUGUGCCUUUUUUAACUUUGGGUGUAAUGAACAGGUCUAUCACACAAUGAGUGGGUCAACAUCAGCAUUGUAAGUUAAAUAAUACAUGAACAAUUAAAAAACAAUCAUCAUUUGAAGUACAUAUUGAUUUGUGGUGAGUUGUAAUGCACAAUUUAACAUUCUAUGAUUUGUUGCCAGUCUCUGUGCAACAAAUAUUAUUCGAUAUAUUGAUAUAUGUAUAAUGAACUUUUUUUUUUUCUCUCAGAAAUGCUGGUUUUUGUCUCAUGCUGACAACUAUACGCUUGUCUGUGUCUGUCUCUAAGUCUGCUGUAUACAGAAGCAGCCUUUUCGCGAUCUGCUUGUCUUUUGACCAGGGUUCCUGUUGAAUGUGUAAAUAUAUUUACUGUAAAUGUUGGGUGCGAUUGAUUGCGUUUGUCUUUACGUCUGUACCAUGUUGCCGCUUGGGUAGCACUCUAAGGCUGCAAAUGUGAUAAAGGACAAGAGGAUGAUCAGGUUAAUCAUCCACCAUCUGGAUAUGGUAUUAUUAACAUUUAUUAUACAUAUGUUGUCAUUAUCCAAAAGCACACGCACUCGUGAUUUCCCUAGGCUUUUAUUUAUUGAGCCUCUAAGAAUAGGGGUGCUGUUACAGGAUCAGUUCAGCUUGUUUAAAGGUGGAGACUAAUGCCAGUGUAAACACGGAAAUCUGAUCCUUGAUCAGCAAACCUUUACCUGCUAGCUGUGCAAAUCGACUUCUUUGAACCGAAAGAUCUGUUUUCUGUUUGGAUGGGGCCCAUUUGGUAUUUCAUAAAAGAGCUUAGGCCGGUUCUCUGUACAGUGCCAUUUAAAGAGAUAGUGAUCUUUCUUUACUAAUAAGAGACAACCAAUGAUAUUAACUGUAGAUUUUUUUUUUUUUUUUUUUUUUCUCUCCAUGAACUGUACUAAUAUUACUUCUUUUUUUCUCUCUCUCUCUCUCUCUUCCUGUUUGUUCGGUUUGCACAUCAUGUAAAAACCUCAUUUUAUUUUUGUGUGCUUUUUGUGAUGUGUUUUUUUUUUUUUUUUU